AUGUCCCGUUCUCUGCCAGACUUGACAGGACUGCUGGAUUCGCCCUGUCUACCCGAUUUGAAUAAUAAAGCAUACUUAGGGCAUUUCAGCCAUAUAAAUAAUAUACAAUUAGACUUUCCUGAAAAUCCCAUUCUUGAAAUCUAUUCAGAAGAUGCCAAUGAGGCAAGGCAACUGGCAUAUUCGGCGACAACAAAACCAAAGUCGGAUGUAUUAAUGGAAGUCCUCGCUGACAUGACACGCACAUUAUCCUUGUCACAGCAAAACUUUCUGGAUAAAGUCGCCACAGCCAUCAUCAGCCUCGUCUUAUACGGUAACAAUAAUUAUAUAGAGACUGCAAAUAAUUGCCAGAGAUAUUACCAAAUGGUCAUGGCAUCAGGACAGCAUGCAGGUAUAGUGAAGGAAAGUGCUAGAGUACUGAGCGAAGUUGAACGCCUUGACGUUAAGGAAACCUCUCUGCACGGUUUGUUACCCAUACUGGACCACCUCAAGACUCGCUGUGUGCGCGUUCAUGCCCUCCGUGACACGCCGAAACUCCCGUCAAGUAAGGUCCUGUCUGCGAUGAGAGAUUUGGCCAGAAAGGACGUCGAGAUAGAGCUGAAGUGUUUAUUGAAGCAAUCUGCAGAGUUUUCUGAGUUGUGCCUUGAGGCGGCCACAGAUCCAGGAAGUCGUUCCCGACUGACGAGGUUCGAAGGUUUCUUGUCAGAAAAGGGUAUGCAGCUUCUGCCGGAGAGCCUGGAGGAGCUCAUAACCAGGUCUGACGCAGAAAGCGUGCGCGCUCUGCAGGCGAGGCUCCCAUACCUGCCGAAUCUUAAGACUCUAGAUUUCGGUGGGCGCUUGACAGCAGCUGAGAUGCCCCUCCUUCCCACUAUGCUUGAGGAACUGAGGGUCACGACCGACGGGGAGGGACUGAAGGCGCUGGCGAGGAGGCUCCCGCGUCUGAAAAAGCUGCGGUUUCUCUGUUUCGAGGGCCGCCUGACAGAGGCAGAGAUGCCCUUUCUCCCCAGCGGUGUCAGGAUGGCGUGGGUCGAGACGGACGGGCAAGGCCUAAGGGCUCUGGCGAGGAGGCUUCCGCAGCUGAAGCUCCUCUAUGAUCUAGACAUACGGCUGCUGGAGUGUCCUUCGGCUUCCUCCCUAUCCCCCCUUCCCUACGAGGGCUCCAACCUGACGCUGGACCUACAGGGCCUGUCGCCCCUGCCUCGCCCUUGGGUGUGCGACGCCGUGUGUGCGCUCUGCUCCGCGCGCAGACGCAGCACGCGGCUCCUCCUCCCCCCCGCCUGCGACGAUGCGUUGGUGGAGAGCAUCAAGCAGGAGCUCGAAGGCCGCGGCGCUAGGUUCCCUCCGCUCGCCAAGGGGAUCAAGUUCCACUUCGAGGACGAGGCAGAGGCACAGCAGCCCCUCGAGCUCCCUCCCGCGCGGGCGCCGCCCCUCCCGCGGCGCUGGCUGUACUGGGCUCUCGUCGUCGGUGUCGUUUUGGUGGCUUGGCUGAUAGCUGUGCCGUUUCCAUGAGUAUUAGGACACACGCACACACAAUACUGUUAGCCAGAGUGCCCAGCUGCCUUCGUUUGAAAUGAUAUUUGCCUGUAUCUCAGCUGAAAAAAUACAUGUAUAUAUUGACUAGUUUUCAUCUCCCCA